AUGCCUUAUGUGGAUAACGAAAAAAUGUUACAGCUCGACUUAAGAGAAGUGUACAUGCAGGAAAAGAAAAGUGAAUUAGUUUGCAGUCAGAAAAUAUGCCGAUUGUGUAUGCACCCAGUAGAAAGUGAGUUUAGGUGCAUAUGCGAAUUGGAACUUGAAGCUAUUGAGAAAUUAGUUCCUGAAAUGAAUAUAAAUAUCGUCAAAGAUCCCGUUGUUUGUAAGCCAUGUUUUGAUUCUCUGUGUACUCACAACAGUUUCCUUGAAGAUUGCUCAGAGGUAGAAGAAAAAAUAAAAAGUAUUUAUGGUGGUUCUGCCACAGGAAGUCAGAUGGAUACGUCUCCACUCGAUUUAUUCGUUAAGACUGAAAACCUAGAUAAGGAAUUUGACGAGAUGGAAAUGUCCAUUAAGGCUGAAUGUGUUGACAUAAAACCGGAAGAUGAGGAAAGAAGCGACACGCCACUUCAGACCUCCGAUAUUGUACCAUUCGAGGAGAGUGACUGUAAAAAUGAAGAAGAGGAUGGAUGUAAAGGUGAGAAUGGAUCAGAAGUGAAAACCAAGCAGGAGCCCAAAGUAUUGUACAAAUGCGAGAUCCGUUUUACGGCACACAGUGCGAGACGUGAGAACGAUUUGGAAGUGUACAAAUGUGAAUCGUGCGAGUACGAAACUGAAAACAGGAAAUUACUCCAGAGGCACCUGUUGAGGCAUAAAGAUCCUUCACAGGUCCAUGUGUACAGGUGUGACGACUGUGAUUAUGAAACCAAACAAAGGAGUUAUAUCAAACAGCACCAACUGAAGCAUAAAGAUCCUUCACAGAUACAGAUGUAUAGGUGUAACGAGUGCGAUUAUGAAAGUAAAUACAGGAGUGGUAUCAAACAGCAUCAAUUGAAACAUAAAGAGCUCUCAGAGGUUCAGAUGUACAGCUGUUCAAAUGUACAAAUGUAA